AUGCCCCUCCACCACUUAAUGAUCGGGACUUGGACCCCGCCAGGGGCCAUCUUCACAGUCCAAUUCGACGACGAAAACCUCACCCUGAAGCUGGUCAAGCGCACAGAGAUUCCGCACGACGAGCCGAUAUCAUGGAUGACCUUCGACCAUGCCAAGAAGAACCUCUACGGCGCGGCCAUGAAGAAAUGGUCCAGCUUCGCCGUCCGUAGUCCGACCGAGAUUGUCCAUGAGGCAUCACAUCCCAUGGGCGGCGACCCCCUGGCGAACAGCUCCGACACCAACACGCGCGCCAUCUUUCUCCUUGCGGCCAAACAGCCGCCGUACGCCGUCUAUGCUAACCCCUUCUACAAGCACGCCGGCUACGGCAACGUCUUCUCCGUCUCGGAGACGGGCAAGCUCGACAAGAACGUCCAAAACUACGCGUAUCAGCCCAACACGGGCAUCCACGGCAUGGUGUUCGACCCGACCGAGACGUAUCUCUACUCGGCCGACCUGACGGCCAACAAGCUGUGGACGCACCACAAGCUGCCCUCGGGCGAGGUCGAGCUGGUCGGCAGCAUCGAUGCCCCGGACCCGGGCGACCACCCGCGCUGGGUCGCCAUGCACCCGACCGGCAACUACCUGUACGCCCUGAUGGAGGCGGGAAACCGCAUCUGCGAGUACGUCAUCGACCCGGCCACCCGCAUGCCCGUGUACACGCACCACAGCUACCCGCUCAUCCCGCCGGGCAUCCCCGCGCGCGACCGGGAGACGGGCAAGGGCCUGUACCGCGCCGACGUGGUGGCCCUCACCGUCAGCGGCAGGUACAUGUUUGCGUCGUCGCGCGCCAACCGGUUCGACCUGCAGGGCUACGUCGCCGCCUUCAGGCUGCGCGACUGCGGCAGCAUCGAGCGGCAGAUCUGCCUGAACCCCACGCCGACCAGCGGCGGCCAUAGCAAUGCCGUCUCGCCGUGCGACUUCAGCGACGAGUGGCUGGCCAUCACCGACGACCAGGAGGGCUGGCUCGAGAUGUACCGCUGGAAGGACGAGUUCCUGCACCGCGUCGCCCGCGUGCGCAUCCCCGAGCCCGGGUUUGGCAUGAAUGCGAUCUGGUAUGACUGA